AUGGCUGAGAUUAUUAACGAUCAACCACCUCCACCUCCACCUCCACCUCCCACAAAUCCACCAGCCCCAUUUAAUGCUAAGGAUUUUGCCGUUCAAAAAGGUUAUUGGCUUACCGGCAAAAAUUAUUUUCAAUGGUCUCAGUUCAUCAGACACACUCUAAAAUGUUGCGACAUGCUUGAUCAUAUUGAAGGAAAUCCUCCUCUGGUUACUGCUCCUAACUUCCCUUCCUGGGAUAAAGAUGAUUCUGCUAUUAUUACUUGGCUUUGGAACUCCAUAUCUCCAGAAAUUAGUAGAAAUUGCAUGUAUCUCUCAAGUGCAAAGGCAGUUUGGGAGUAUUUUCGUCGCAGUUAUUCCAUGAAACAAGAUAUGUCUUCUUAUUAUGAUUUAAAGAGGAAAAUCUUCAACACUAAGCAGGGAAAUCUUUCGAUCACUGAGUAUUUUGGAGUUCUCAAUGGUUUUUGGAUUGAGUUGGAUAAGUAUUAG